AUGCCAACCGGUAAGCUGCAACCACGCUCAAAUCUUAUUAUUUUGAUAUAUUUAUUUAAAUCAUAGGCUCACAGGAAGGUGACUUCUUCUUUAUGUGGUGGGACUUUUAAUCUCUGUCCAAGUUGUUGAGUGUCUACAAACCUCAUCUAAAACAAGAUCCUGUUUUGGGAUGUCUACAUGAGAUGAAUACUUGUUUAACACAAAUACAAGAUCCUUUUUCAAGUGGUCAAACUUCAGUCAAAUAUAAACAUUUCUGAAACUCAUUGAUGGUUUUGGCUGUUUGUUUUUGUGGGUUUUUUAAAAGCUUUGUGUGUCUGUGUGUGAGAGAUAGUUUUCCUCAGCUGACAGCACUGUGUGAAGUGUCUUCACAGCGUCCGUCUCUGGGCAGCAUGGUUGUAUGAACAGCGUCCUCUGGUUGUUUUCUCACCCCUGGAGUUGAAUGGAGGGUGUUUACUUUCUCGCAGACGUUGGGGGUUCGAGUCCCUGAUGAUGCUUGGAUGAUUGUGCGCACAACUUUCAGCUACUCUUUCAUGACUGUUGGUGGUUUUGAUUUUAUUCAGCAUGUAUUCACAAAUGUUAUACAGGUAUAGGCCAUUUGGAAAGCUAAAAACAUAUGUUAUAUUUCUGUAUUGGAGUUUUUCUGCUGAAGAACUCUAAAAAGCAUCUUUUUGUUUAUCCUCUUUAUGGUGUAGGUCAGAAAAGAUCAAGAAAACCUCAACAGUCAGACUCCUAGCUCUCUUCUUCUUCCGUUUUCUACCUCUUAUCUCUCAGGGCCGGCACAUGUGCCAGGCUCCUCUUACUGGCUUUAGUUUUGACCGAGUGUUGAGAUGCCAUUCUGCAGCCUGUGACCCAAAUUAGAGCCUUGGGGGCAGCAGUUUGGGGGGUGGCCACAAAUGGGAUAGAGUAGAGGAGAGGAGAGGAGAGAAGGAGGAGGGGGAGAAUAAUUACUGUUUAGAGCAAACUCUUUGGUUUAGAGGUGCCGGAGACAAUGGACCCCUCCGUCCUCCUCCUCCUCCCACCCUGCUAGCUGGCUCAGUCCUCUGGGAGGACAUCUGCCCCCCAUCCUGAGCGCUCACGUGCAAGAAUCUGCAGCUCCAUGGAGGAAAAACAGGGUGCAGAGUGGGGGGUGGGCAGGUCCCUGUGGAGUAAUCUGUCAGAUAAAGAAGAGAAAUCAAUACUUUUCUUCAUGUUGCAUAUUAAGAGGGUAGAUUCAGGAUUCAGGAGGGUCCGGGCUAAAAUCCAGAGAAUGAGGCUAGUGUGUCACACUCAGAGGGGAGGGCCAAGGGUAUAUGCAGCGAGGGGUCGCACGGGUGUCCCAUGGGUGGGUGUUAAAUUAUGUGUGUGAGUGUCUGAAAAUAAGGAGGUGUUAGUUUGCUGUUGGAGAUGUCUUUCCCACAGAGGUUAAACACCGGUGCUGCUGUCACACACAUUCCUCUCUCAUGUCAGCAGAGUCACUGACAAACAGAGGUGCACUCCUGAAGACUCCAGGCUUCAACUCACAUAAUUCAACGAUAAAGAGGUGUUAACUGUGUUUAAAUGCCGUGUGCAUGCUGGAUUUUAUCAGCGUUUUAAUGGUUUGACUUUGAACAAAAGCCAUUUGUCGCUGAUUAGCCUAGCAGCCGUGUGUGUGUUUACUCUACCUGUGUUUUGCGAGGCAAUGAAAGCCACAGAAGUCCAUAAAAUCGCACAUCAACUUUAUACUCCUGUCUUUACUAGUUGUGACAUGUGUUCAUUUCUUUGAAGCUGUCUGGAAAUCCUAUCCUCUCUCUCCCAAAUCUCCUUUUCUUUUUCCGCCUAUUCUCUCAAACAUCUGCAUUAUAAUAUCAGGCCCCGGUCUUUGCAGCUCUUUGUUGCUCCAGUGAUAAGUUGCUCAUUUAAAGCCCCGCCCCCUGUCUCCAAUCCCAUCUUUGCCCCUCUGCCCUCGCUCUUCUCCUCCGCUGUGGUUUGGCGGUGGUGUGAAAUCCUGAGUGACACUUUAAGGUCCUCAGCGUCAGUUGUGAUCAAGCCUGCAUCUCUAUCAGAAACAGACAAACCACGAGAUGAGAGGCUGGAACGAAACGGGGAGAAGCAGAUUAAAACUGUCUGAGGCCUGAGUUUGACCCUUAAAAAGGGUUCAGGUGCUUGUAGAAUUUGGACUGAGAGAUCAGAUUUUUAAGGGUUAAAGAACCACACAAGGCAAGCUUGAAUACGAGACAGAGCAAGUGGGAAAUGAAAAGAAGAAAAAAGGGGAGUGGGUGGUGUUUGACCUUUGGCCUCUCAUCUCAUCUCUUCUUCCUACUUUCAUUCCUCUGGGUCCUCUCCUCUUCAUUUCUCACUCUCCCACUGACACUCGGGUCCCCUUCUCGUCAAGUUUCCUUGCACUGCUACCCCUCAAGUUUGAAGUUCAGCAAGAUGCGCCAAAAGUGAAAACAAAUUCCACCAGUCUACACGCAAUUUAUCCCACUUCUUUCAGAAAAGUUUUAGCUCACCUGGGGGCCUUGAAGCUGUACAGUCAGCAAAAGUUGCAUGGCAUUGAACUCUUUUGCCAGCUGGUAGGCCUGUUUAGUAUAAACAAGAACACACACGGACAAACAAGGCUGAUUAAAGGAGUCCAGAGCCGUUCAAAUUGUGUGGUCAAAUCCUGUCUGGGCAACCACCUCCACGCUGGGACCAAAUCUUCAGUCUUAUCCAUUAAAUUUAGCUAAUUUUUGAUAAAUUGUAUAAAUGUUUUGUACAAAUCUGGGUACAACACUUUGGCACCUGUUGUUGUUAUUAUUAUAUAAAAAAAUGCUUUGUAUCAGAUAUGUCACUGUUUAACAUCUUAUCAUGAUUUUUAGGUAGAAAUCAGUCCACUUUGAGCUGUGUCACACAUAGAUGCACUGAUACGAGAAAAAUGUCUGAAGAAAAUGUCCUGAAAUUUUAAAUGUUUCUGCUUCAGAACUUUCCAAAUAUGCUUUUUGUUUUUGUUCUUGGAAAUGAUUCUCCUCUCUUAAGUGGAAGUUUUUAUUUGUCUAGUUUCUUGUUGCUCUUGCAGGUUUGCAAAAUUCAAUUCAUGAUUUUAAUGUCGUCACCAAAGUGAAUUUUCCUGGCUUACCCAAACUUAACUUGAGCCUGGCAGGAAAAUUUCUUGAUUAAGUUGAGAUGAGAAAUAUCUUUGCAUUUGCACAUGCAGCUCACAUGUAAAUUUCAGGCAAUUUCAUGAGUUUUUGUGUUUGUGUGAAUACAGCCUGAGAGACAUUCAGGCCUUCUCCCUAUAGACUUUGGUCAGUUUGGAUAAUGACGGGUUUGAAUCAAAUCUAUUAUGACAAAACUGCAUGUUUUAGGUUUUCAUUGACCUGAGAUGUGCUGUAAAUAUAAUUGGAUUUUACAAAUUUUAUUCAGUUUCCUUUUUUCAAAAUGUUCAAAUUGGCUUUUUCUGUCAUGCACGCUGAAUCGCUUUUGAAACCUAAUAAAAACAUGCCAGCACAGCUUGUUUUUAGGUGACAAUUAAGGCUUUGGUAUGUUUAAAACUCUUCUAAAUAUGUCACUCUUAUAUUCAAACAGUACAAAAGGACAACGCCUACUGUGAUUUCCUCUCAGAUGGUCCCUCUAGAUGAGACUCAGUCAUUUGAAUAGGGAGUGUUAGGAACACAUGUGCACCAAAUGCAAAUCUAAGCCCCGGAGGUCUGCAUUCAUACACACAGGCUGGUCAGUGUGUAUUUUUAUAGAGUAAAGUAUAUGCUUGCAGAGGGAUGGUCCGAGCUCAGAGGAAUGUCCCGUGGAGCUCAUGUACAUGCAGCCAACAGUUACUUCAUGACCAGCCAAACAUAUACUGAGGCUGGAUGUAUAAUAGGAAGAGGGAGGAGAUGAAUGGCAGGAAGAGAGAAUAAAAAUGGUAGGAAAUAAGACAGUGGCUGGAAUGUGGGGAACAUUUUAUGUAAUGGCAUCAAUCAAAAAAGGAGAGUGGGAACAAGUGGAAGGGGUUGUAAAUGAUGAUUGCUACUUGUGGACAUGCUCUGGAAAACUGUCAUUGGUUCUUCUUCACCAGCAAGAACAGUUGUAUAAUAAAGUGUUGUAAACACGUCUGUAUGUUUGCUUAUAUCACACUGAUAAAUUUAAUUAUUCAAAUUCACAAGUGGCAGGACAAGUGGCUUUCAGUCAAAGGGGAAAAUUUGCAUGUCGCAGGACAAAUCUGGAUAUCAAGACCAUAUGCAAAUGUGGCUUUGAUGAAGGGCGAUUCCUUUCUUGUUGCAUUAAAUCCAAGUGUGACUUACCUUUAGUGCAGUUUUUGGUGUCUCUCCAAAAAGAUCUAGAAUAUAAUACCUCACAGACUAAUUUUGCACUCUUUAAAUCUUGUGCACCAUUAAGUUCGACGUGCAUCAUGACAUGAAUUUUAUUGAUGUGUCUGACGGAGUCCCAAAGCAGUCUAAAAUUUAUGACUCUGUGAAUCAUGAGCCCAAACACAGACGUCCAAUGCAGCCUUCGUAAGCUGCAUGCAAGGCUAUGAGGUCAGCAUGGUGUAACCCACAGCGUAUCUGCCUCUGUGGUGGUCACUGUAAUCAUGCGUUUGCGCCAAACUGAUCCUGAACUUGCCCGACGCAGUCAGCCAAAAGUAAUGUCAGCCUUCAGAGCUAGCCAAACCAAGUUUGUACUUUCCAAAGAUAGAUCCUUUUCACCACGAAAUCCUCUCCUUGGCUUCAUUGUGUUUUACUGCUGAGGGAUACUCCGUGGUAGUUUUUGUGUGGGCUUUGUUGACUGGACCAGCAUACCUCACAUUGUUAGUUUAUUAUAUUUGAUUCAACCCAAUAAUUAAGGGAUACCACUCAAGCCAAAAUAAACACAAGGACUUGUUCUGCAUUCAACUCCUGCACAUGGCAGACUACUUAAAAUGUUAUGAUGGGACUUAAUGGUUGAAAUAUCCAAAUCAGAUGUUUACAUGCACGUUAUAAAACACUCACAGGGCUGUGGUAGCUCCCAGUGAGGGUCAUCAGGGCUGUAAAAAGUCAAGGGUGCUCACAGCUGUUUGCUGACCACUCCAGAGUAAAGAGCUCUUCAGGUGACCAUAAAGUGUGCGACUGAAGUGGACGGGUUAAGUGUAGCAUGAGUCAUUAAACCUGGCUGGACAGGUAGUGAGGCUUCAGACUGACGGCAUGGAUGAGGGGAAGAGUUAUUACAUCUCACUUGCUGCAGUUUGUGACUUGCUCAGGUGUGAAUGAAUGUACAACUUUGAAGGCUAUAUUCAACUGGUGCAGAUAGAGAUUUUUUUAAAACGCUAGUUUUUUUUUAGGGCUGCAGAGUAUUCCAUUGAUUAAUCGAGUAAUUGGAUAAAACAUAAUUUUGUUUUUUGGUAAGUGAAAUUAUCGCAGAACAACACGCAGAACAACACGCACACUUGUUCCGCGUUAGUGGAUUGCAAUUCUCAUAAGAAAGCUAAUUAUGAUAUUAACUUUCAUCAUGUACCUAAAGACAUUAGUGUCCGAGAGCUGAAUAGCUCCUAUGUUGCCUGCUUCUUCUACGACACCAGCAAUGUUAGGCUACAAGCUAGCAUGAAGAGGAGUGUGCGGAGCAGCUAUGACUCCGCCCACGACUCAGAGGUGAAGUGCUAAUGAGCUACUGGAGCUCUGCAGAAGAAAAGUCCCUCGCAUCAUUCAUUUUUUCUGCUCCGCAAAACCAAAACCACGCUUACUCCUCCUUCUACUGUGGGGUCAUGAGCGCGUUAUGUCACCUUGAAAAUUAUCAGUGUGAAACAGUGAUGAUUUGUUUUAUAAAUGAGUACUUGAUUAUCAUUUUUUAUUGUUAUUUUUAAUCAGUUUGAGCACUGUGACUUUUGUUUUGACCAUUUGAAUCCAUUUAUAAUACAAAAACAAAACAAGUAUUUUCACAAAGGUAUCGUAAUAUCUUUAAAUGAAACAUGAGAUUUGUGUUUUCAUUUGUGCAAAACACCACAUGUGACUCACAGAGCUCUGCCAGUGUUUCGUACUCUCUCUCUCUCCCCUCUCUCUCCCUCAGCACAUUGUCCGCCCAGGCCUCAGUCUGGCUCUCACUGUUUGCCUUCCAGACAGGCCUGAUGUUUGACGUUAUUAAACUUGGCCACAAAGCGCCCAGGCUCCUUUGUCUUUUUCAAGUUAAAUGAAAGCCAGAGAUUGAAGCCAGGUUGUUUAGGGCACUCGCUGGUUCACUCACUCCUCAGUUUGGCAGGAAACACAGCCCUCACACACUACUCUAAUCCUUGCAUGCAUGAACCUGUGACACACACACACACACACACACACACACACAAAGGAGAAACAGUCCUAACCUGCAUGCUUAGGACCAUAAUUAGAGAUCAUUUACAAGGAUCAGGUUGAACAUAAUCUGGAAGGGAGGUAACCAAAGCUUGGCCAUCUUUGCUUUGUCUGUCUGUCUGUGUGUGUAUUGAGGAGGGGUGUGUGUUGGUUAGCCAUGUGUGAGAGUGUGUAUGUGUAUGUAAGAGCCAGUUCACCCAGGAAACGGGCAAGGUGUGCCCAAAACAUGAAGCUUAGAAGGUGGGAAGGAGGGCCUGGGCAAAUAUAAGAUGGAGCAACCUCUGACUGUGAUGUUUGGGUUUCACUGCGGGCGGAAACACAUGCCUUCUCUGUAUUUGCUCUCCUAGUAUGUUUAUGUGUGUGUGUGCAUGUUGCACAUGUGCACACUCUACUGCUCGUCCAGCCUUAAAAGCUUGUGUGAGGAUCAUGAGUUUAUUAGCACGGUCAGCGUUAUCUUUUGAGCUGAUAAGCUUAAUGCAUUUAGUGUGAAACAUGCGCACACAACAAAGGUAAACUGACUUUAUCAGCAGUGAUAAGGAGGAAUAAACCCCAGAUUUGUCAAAAAGCCAAUAAAACGGUCAGUUAGGCAUUAAUGUCAUGAUGUGUACUGUAAAAUUAACCCUUUGUGUGUUUUGUACAGUGACUUGAAAGCCAUGUGUGGCAGAUCAAAGAGCUGAGGCUUGUCAGUUUAUUGUGUUGUUUUCAUUCAUUGAAUAUUUUCUCCUGUCUGAUCGGUAGUCAUUAAAAAGUGGGUCAGGCUCGGGAGUGCAAACAUUAGGGUGGACACACACACACUCGCACACAGGCAUGCAAGCGCACACAAACAGUGAAUCAGUUCCAAACUUGUCUGAGAAAAACACUGUUUCAUGCCAUUUCACUUUUUGGACGCUCCAGUUCCUUUUUGUUUUUCUUGGCACAGCAGUGAGGCGAAAUUAAAACAGGGAAAAGCAGUGAUUCAGCACUUAAGGCUCUCCCUUUGUUGCUGUUUAUAAGAAGUACAUACAAAAAGGGUCAUUUUUCCUGCUGCAUGUCCAGGAUGGUUGUGUAUUUCUUUAAAGCUAAGCAAAGCAGGAUGGAGGUUAGGGUCAUCACGUGUCCUAACACUUGCUAUAUUUUGCUAAAGAAACAGGCAAAGCUAAAAAGAUGUUUGGUGGCUAGUACUAUAGCUGGGACCCUAUAUGUGCUGUUGAUGAAGUUAGGUGCUGUUCUGAGCAUUAUUUGUGGCUAUAGAGUGGCUUUUUGGUUGAGGCUUGUGCGUGGAGAUGAAGACCACUGUGUAUUGCUAUCCUGUGGUCUUUGCUGAAGUUGGUAUAGAGAAGCAAGUGUUUGACAAAGUUCAUCUCUAGAGGGGCUGUCUAACUUGGUAUUACAGUGUUAUCAGUGAAUACAUAUAUAUAUAAAGCAGAUAGCUAGCUGGCAAACAAGCCAACAUAACUAUGUUCUCAUAACUAAAUCUGCACCCAACCAAACUCUAGUUCAAGUGUACUUUUCUGGGUUGGUCUUUGAUCAACUUGCAGCCAAAUACUAACGUUUGAAAAUAUUAUCUUGACAAAUUUUGAGUCCCACGUCUCAAUUGAGACAUCAAGGAUACAUGGGUGUGUAAAAUAAACUAACAGAUCCAAGCCUUAGAAUUGGAUCUACUUUCAACACUGCAUUGUGAGGUAAACUGUCUAAAUUUGCGUCCUCUGAUAGAUGCGACUGCAUAUCCAGGCACAGCUUGGAACUUGUAGGCGGAGCUGCAUUAAAAAGCAUAAUUUUGUCCAUGAGGUAGAAAAGGCCUAGUUAUUUCCUCCCACUUCAUAUUAACCUAAAUUCAACCCACAACCUGCUUCAAACUGCAUGCACAGGCAUGAUUCUGGUGAACUUUGUGAAUACUUUGGUUGCAGUCAGAGCAGACUUGGCAUCAGUCGUGGUUUCCCAAAAUCAAACCUGUGAUCUUUCCAUGAGACACCAGUCUGACCAGCAUGCCUGCUGCUUAAAAGGUCUGAAAAGAGGUGUCACCAUAGCAGGAAGACCUCCAAGGUACCUAUUUGAAAGGUGAGAGAGUGGGUAUGCAGCGGGUAUUCUUUGUGCUUGUUCUCAGGUUCACGUUUCAUGUUUUUGAACUUGAGUCUGUGAUCUUCAGAGCUUUGAAGUGAGACUGGCUCAGACUGAGCCGGUGCUGUUGGCAGUGAGAGCAGCUCUGUCCUAUAGACUGGGUCUCUGUGUUGCCACAACACUGGAGCUGCUGGGGUCACUGGUGUAUCGAGCCUUGAUGGUAAAGGCUGGUGUCAAAGUCCCGCUGGGCUGGUAUGAGGCUCUCUCUUUGUUUUUUUUUUGUAUUCCCUCCUAUUACUGUCUAAGGGUUGACCUUGGAAAACACUAAGGGACACUUGGAAGAUUUCCGUACGAUACUCUGCAUGUGCAGUUUCACUUGAGCUGGCCUGACUGUCGGCCUUGAGAGAAUCGUAUCUUAUUGGAUCUCUACAGAUACUAGGUUGAGAGCCAGUUUGGCACCAGGUUCACGCCAAAUAGACUCCUGUAGUCGCUCGCACACACACAAACACACAAACUGGCCUCUCUUCCAUGUAAAUAGAGCUUUCAUUCAUUGCCACAGAGGGGAGAGUUCUCAGUAUUACACUGUUAAUCCUGUCAUUACACUGAAUCUCCCUUUCAGUCUGCAGCAAAAUGCUCCAAAACACACACACACACACACACAAACACACAAACUUCCAGCUCACACAUACGUGUGUAUGUUUCUUUUAACCAUCCCAAUACAUGGUAUGAUUCCUUGGGUGGAAUUGAGGACAACCUUUGAGGGCUAAUAGUCCAGUGGGUCAGUUAGGCUGUGGUCUGUGGGAAUGUCAGGAAUUGAGACACUAAGCAGAGACUGUGAGGAUAUGAACGUGGCAUUGAUAGUUGCAGGAGUUGCGCACAGAGGCUCUUUUUUGCACUUAGUUUGAAUACAUGGUCUGCCAAAUGUGCAAAUUUUAUUUGACAUUUAACGGCUCUCUUGCGUCAGUGAAUGAUGAUCUUGAUCAUAAGAGCCAUUAAAGUACUGCAAACCAUCACAAUCUGACCCUUGAGCUGGACACUUGCGUUAAUACAUGUUAAAGCUUGUAUGAGGAGUUUUUUUUAUGAUAAUCAAAUAGGCUUUUAUUCGUUUUUGAUUUUUGAUGAUAGACAAAAGGAGGCCAGACCAUUGGCAGCAAGACUGACAGCUUUUAAACAGUAGUUUUUGAUUCCUCAGAUCAGGCAGGGGUGUAGGUAUCAGCUGAGCAGCCAGAGAAACAAUUUUUACAAUUUCCUCAUAAAAUACUGACAAUGAAUCUAAAUGUCAAAGGGCAGCAGGAUAAGAUUUUUGUCAGAGGAUAGCUCUUUUGCAUGUAGACAAGAAAAUCAAAAACUGCUUUGUCCACAGGGAGCGACAAAACUCACACAGUUUAAAUGUUUAUCGCUGUAGCUUUAACUUACUACAUAAAAUAUUGAAUUCAGAUUAAGGUAGUUUUGCAAUUUGUCUCCAAUUAUGGUUUACAGCAUCUACUGACUGUCAAUCUUCCUGUCUGUUUUGUAAGACCAAUUCAGAAAGGACCUGUUUUUUUUCUGAAACGACUCCUCAAUUUUAGAAAACCGAUAUUUCAUAAAGAAUAAAUAAUGACUAACGCAAACCUCUUUUCUCGUUUUCUCCUUCAGACGAUUUUAACUUCCUGCCUGAUGCAUUACCUCCUCUCCCCGAAGUCCCGGACUCUGGCUCAGUCCUGAGCUCCGUUGACUUACCAGCCCGCUGCCUCCGCAACCCGGCUUUCCUCCACGCCUCCUCACGCUACUGCUCCGCCCUCAGCAUGGACUCCUCUCCAGACAGCGCAGAGAGACCCAUCAGCUACAGCUCCACGUCUUCCUCCGCUUCUUCUAGGGACAGUCACUGCUCACUGGGCAGUCGCUCCACCCUGAUCCCUGCCCCUCAUUGUAACGCAGUGACCCCAGACCAGGACUCAGGGGCGAUACGGUUGGAACUGGUCCCGGCCCGGCAGCUAGGAUGCCAGGAAGAAGAUGAUACAGGGAAAAGGCAAGAGAGGCAGAGCAGUGCACAGACUCCAACAGAACAUUCAGAGCCUGAGCUCAGCCCGGACGGAGGAGAGCGGACAGGGCAAGUGCAGGGUCCGAGGACGUAUGUGGACCGGGUGGUGCAGGAGAUACUGGACACAGAGAGAACCUACGUCCAGGACCUGCGCAGCAUUGUAGAGGUAUGUAACGUUCAACCACAAUCAUUCCUGAACAAAACAAAACCUGUUCAAAAAAUUAGAAACAGACGAAUCUUAUCAAAAACACUGGCAGCUCUUUAAACUCAUGUUAGCACAUUUGGCAGGACAUCAAACAUGAAGUGAUGCGUUAAACAAAUCUAUGCUUUUGAAGAUUGUUUCAACUCCAAACAUUAAGUCUCAGCUUUCACCCAGGAAAAGUGUUUGUUAGUAAAAUGAUCAGUGAGGAGUUUUUAAUGCUUAAAGCCUUUGGUUUAUCUGAAGUUUUUCUCUGGAGGGAUAAGAGGAGACAAAUGCAACUUUUUCACUUUGAAGACAUCAUCUUUGACAUUAUUACAAUCCUCUGAACGUACAGACUAAAUAACAUUUUAAAGUUACUGUAGGGAACUUUGGAUUUGUCUUGAUUUUGAGGAUCUCUUGUAAGUAUUUGCAGUAGAAAGAAGUUUAAAGCCCAAUUUUCUAGCCAGUGUCAAACAUCAACCUUCAACAGCCGUUUUCAAGCAACAAAAAUAUCAACAGUGAGAUUAUCAACCUCAUUGCCGAUGGUCUUGUUUGUUGCUGACAGCCAUAAAGAGGCAUCAGUCUGCUUAUCAGACAGUUUAAGACUCCUCACAGUAUCUAGGAGACAAUAUUCAACUUCCACUUGUCUCAAAAAUGGUUGUUGUCACUUCCCAGCAUGCUCCUCUCAACGAUUUUUGGAGUUAUUCCAUUUAUUGUGAAUAUUAGACAUGUUAAAUGUCUACCAUUUAGGUUAGGGAGGCUCAGACCAAAAAAGAAGGCAGUCGUAAUGACACUGAACACUUGUGGGUUAUUUGGACAAUUAAUUGGUUGCGACAAGCCUCAAAGUAGGCCAGACACCCCCGAUCAAUGUCAUUACUCCCAGUUUCAUAACCUGAAAUAGGAAAUAACUUUUUCGACUUGGUUCUGACCAAUCAAAUGUUUAGCAAACCAGUUAAUAUGUGGUGAUGCACAUGUUAUGCACCCACAGCCUUGGCUAAUUUUUGUUUUUCCACUGAGUGUCCAUUUGUUAUUUGCUUUAUAACAAUCAAAGUUCUGUAGGCAAAAACUUCUUUUGGUUAUGACAAUUCUUUUAUUCCUUUUGCACAAUUAACCAAUGAAUUCAACUCAAAUUCCAGCCGCCAGCCUGCGGUCAAAAAACAAAAGGCUUCUUGUGCGCAACACCUGAAGUAAUUAGUGGGCACCUUAAAUGUUCUUUGGUGCACUCCACAUAGGUAAAAUAAUGAAUGGUUAAAAAUGGCUCCACCAGUAUGUAAGAAAGUUGUUGAAUUCAACACAUUUAACAUUUAGCACAAAAACCAUCAUAGUGGCAGAAUUUACCAUGCGCUGGGAGGAGAGGCUAGCCACAUCCCACCAUCUGAAAAAAGCCAAGUACCAAUACCUAAUUGACGAAGUGACUCUUCGUGGCACACAAGGGUGGCACACAACCAUUUAUUUUAUUGAGGUCAGCUGCUGUCGGUUCCCAGCAAAAUCAAUGUGCUACUUCCUCAAGAGAGUAGGUUUGGAGCCAAAACAGCUGAAGAAAGCCACCAGGGAAAUAGCCACGAUGGUAGAGUCUAGCUCAAGAUGGUUGUGGAGCCCCACUCAGGCUAGGUGUACUGUUUAAGGGGCGAAAACACUCUGACCCUGAGAUACCUGCUGAUGAUGCAGAAGGGUUCCCAACAAAACAGACGUGCCAAGGAACGUGAGGAAGGAUUCAGCCUACUUAGUCUGUAGUUGCCGCUUGUAGCGUAGCAUCUUUGAUGUUUAUCUCACUUGUAAUGUUUUAAAAUUGAAGUUCAUUGUCCAAACUUGUACAAUCUGCAAGGUAGGAAAUGAUAGUCCAUGCCAGUGUGGGUAUAGCUAGAAAUUUUGAUUGUAGCUUGUUACUUUGGACUCCUCCACAGCUGUCCUCUGGGCUGUCUAUAAAAUGAAAACGUUUGAACCUCUGGAGGACCCAGUUGAGGCCCAGGCAGAAGGACACCAUAAAUGUGUUUCAUUCCAGCGCCUGUUUGACCUUGGUCUUUGCAGGAGGAAUACAGGGGGCUUUAAAUCACCAGAUAACACACAUCCCUUCAGGUCUUUGUGGUUUUCCUCCCACACGUGACACACACUGCUCAUUGCCUGCUGGGAAACCUCUGACACAAUAAGGUCACCUGCGCUUACAGGUGGGGUUUGGCCGGGAUACACGACACCGCUGCCAUUGUGCUGCAGGCACAGGCACACAUUCAAAACUGUUCCUCUGAAGCACACACCCACAGUACUGUAUGCACACUCUUAGAUAAAUCCAUUCCUUUCUCUGAGGUCGUCUUUGAACUGCGAGGAUACACAGCGCCUCUGGUCAGAGCUUUAGCUGCUUUGUUAAAGACUGGGUGUACUGGUUCGAAUCAAAGGUUGCUCUCAUUUCUCUUUGUUUGGCUAUUCAGAUGUUUUUGGUUGUCCAUGAAACUGAAAAUUCACAUCAUAGAUGCUGAAUAUGGUGCGCACAUGUGAUGCAUGUUUUGCAUUUAAGUUUAUUUCGCAUGUGUGUUUAUUUUGCAUGCAUGUGUUGGAGUUUUGCCCACUUUUUCCAUAUCCUCCUUCCUUGCAGUGCAUCCCCCCACCUUUCUAGGUUGCAGGUCCAUGGGUCAGUGUGUGCAUGUGUGUGUUUGUAUGCAUAGGUGUGUGUUAUUCAGGGUUAAAAAGUUCAUUCUGUUGACAAAAAAGAGCAGGAAACUCAUUUUCCCAGAAGACAUGGUGGGAUUAAGCUCGAGGAUUUUGUGGCUUUGACCUGUCACCCCUGAUCGAUGUCAUAUCCCCUCCUACUCCUCCUUCCUGUCCUCCCAUCUUUAGGUGAGGGGGAAAAGGAAAGGCGAGAGGAAGGUAGUUUUGAGGGAUUUAUCUCCGAGAUAACGACAUCUAAAGUAGGUUACAGAAACACUGAACAGAGCUUUAGAGCUGAGCUCAAUAACCCUCUCCUGCCUCUAGACUUCUGCAGACCACCCAGUCCUGGAAGACCCCGCUUACAGAGCUGGACAGCUAAUUCUUCAAGCAUUUAGGCUUUCCUCACCCUUUUAAUGACUGUUCCAGUGAGUGCCCAGAGGAUGGAUUGCACUGAUUGUAUCUGGAUGAACAGAGCUUUUAACAUGACAGUUCAGUCCAGCUUGGACCCGGCUAUUAUCAGCACUGUCCUGUUGAAGCGGCUCCUGCUGCAACCCUGUGUUUCAAUAGUCCUUUAGCCUGUGCUGCUUCCUGCAAUAGAAGAGGGUGUGACAGCCUUAACACAAAUAUUUACCCAGACUCCCCUGGUCUCACCUGUGUUUCAUCUGUCAGCAUGGCGUUGAAGUCCACACACAGUUACACUCACACUGUGCCAUCGUGUGUGUGUGUGUGUGUGUGUGUGUGUGUGUGUGUGUGUGUGUGUGUGUGUGUGUGUGUGUGUGUGUGAUUUUAGUGUACUUACAGCAGAAAUGUGAGCUCAGGGGGUGCAGUAUAAUUUUGCAGUAGCUACAACAGGUCAUUAUUACAGUGACCUACAAGGACCAGCGAUCUGCAGUGGUCUGAACAAUCUUUAUUAGGAGAGAGACACGCCGCAACUGCAGAAACAACAAAGUUUAAAAAACACAUGUAAAAAUCUUGUUUAAUGCUUUUAUUGUUAUUUACAGCUGCUUGCAUUUUCGUUUUAUAUCAUUGGGGCCACAUUAAGAAAAAAAUUAAGACUUCAUGAUCAAGUAAUUACUUAUGAGAAUAAAGUCGUAAUAAAAUCAUUAUAAUACUAAUGAUAAUGUGGUUCUGAUGUGCAAAAAGAUUAAGUAUCUCCUUGUUUGAGAAACCUAUAUUGAAGUAUUGAAGUAUAUUGAAGUACAUUUUAAUGAAAUGCUCCAUUGCUCUCAUUUCAACAACUGUCAUUUUAACUAACAGGUAAGAAUAUAAGAACUUCAUUACUGCUUUAUUCUCAUUAGUAAUGACUUUAUUCACUUAGGUAAUAACAUUAUUACAUCUUUAUUCUCAUUGGUAUUAACUUUAUUAUGACUAUUUUCAUUAGUAAUAACUUUAUUACAACUUAAUUCUUGUUAGUAUUGAGUUUAUUAUGACUUUAUUCCUGUUAGUAAUGACUUUGUUAAAAGACUCUAUUUUCGUUAGUAUUAACUUUUAUUACGACUUUAUUCUUCUUAGAAAUGACUUUAUUUUUGUUUGUAAUGACUUUUUAUGACUUUAUCAUCGUUAGUAAAAACUUUAUGACUUUAUUCUUGUUAGUAAUGACUCUAUUCUCUUAAGUAGAAAACUUUAAUCGCUGAGUCUUAAUUUUAUUUUGUCCUAAUUUGGCCCUAAUACUCCAUCAUAUGCAGCUGUUUCAGCUUUUUGCAGCACUUUUUUUUUAUUUGCAGCUUUUUUGGACUGAUGCAUGUGUUUUUUGAGUUGUGCAGUUUUUGCUGUUGCAGCACUUCUCUCCUGAUGAAGCUUGUUUGGUUCAGCUGUUAAUUUAUCAGCUCUCAUCGGCCACUGUACAUUUUCCUGCAUUCAUGCCGAAAGGAAAUAAUCAGAGCAGUAAAUCUUGACGAAUUUGAAAAUAGAUGCACAGCUGGGAAAAAAGACUAAACUAAACCAAACUAAAUAUGGCCAGCCUGUUCUUUGCUUUUUAUCUCCCUGUGGAAACAUCUGUUGUUUUCAUAGUAAAUACCAACCGGUUGAGCCAUUUGUGCCAUUUUGAGCUUUAUUCGGAGUGUUUUUCUCACACUGGUUGAACGGUUUUCUUCCUCUGCCUCUGUUUUCUUCUGUUUGUGUCUUUUGGGGGACCUGUACAUUUUUGCAUGUAAAUUUAGCAUUGUUGUUUGGGUGUGAUCACCCCUCCCUUGGUCACCCACAAACAGCCUCAAACACACAGCUCUGAUCUUUCUGUCCCUCCACCUCUUCCUCUCAUCUCACCCUUUUCCGCCCUGUGACCCGGACCACAUGGCCACAGCAAAUUGAAGCUGACCGUGAGUUUGGAGAUAAACUUAAAGCACCACUUUAGCAUUCUGGUGUUUGCACUUGGUUUUAUCUGGAGGUAUGACGUCCUACUAGGAUGCAGAGUGAGGAAUUUGUUUAGUGUUAAUGGUUAACACGAGCAGGUAUCAAGUUUGUGCGUGUCAUGACCGAUGCUGAGUGGGGAGUGAGCCUGGAGGUGUGUGUGGAUCCUUGUCAGCUGGGUGUGAUGAGUGAAUCUUUCAGGCCAGGUCAAAUCCAUGACCCCGCGGCUAAUAAAGCAUCGCAUUACACAUCACCGCUGAUGGUUGACAAAAUCUAAACAUGACCCCACAACAUGACCCCUGACAUAACCACCAACAUGCCCAUUAGUCGUCUUGUGUAACGCCAAAUUCCUGAAAAACAAAAUCAGGGCUUGAAGCUCUCAAACCCUUAAACAUUCAAGAUGGCCGGCAUUCUCUUCAUUUUUCAUUUGAGAUGAGAUCAGAGUCUCCUUUUUCAGCGCCCAUUAUUUAACAUGUUUUAAUGGACCACUCAGGCUUGGCUUUUGUAAUGAUAAUGAUGGAUAAAUACAUAAAACAUUACCUGGAACAGAAACCACAGUGAUGCAACAGAAAUAAAGCAAACAGAGUCUCUCUUUCCUCUUUGAUUGCUCCAGAAACACAGUGUGUAGUGUGUGUGUGUGUAUGUGCACGUUCAGUUCUGUGUUGUCUGGUCCUGCUCAGUUUACUCAACUGUUACCGCACCACCAUUAAGAUCUUUCCUAACCCCUAUCCAUACCCGCUCCUUGUUUCAAGCUGAAAUACGGCUGUUGAUGGUUGACAUAAUCUGGUGGACAUGUGAGGUGUGUACAGGUGUUUCUUCUGGAUCUGUGUUUUAGAUUUGCUUCACAGGCAGAAACAGAGUUUUAGAGACAUUUCUGUUAACUGUCUUCUAGGGCUGGGCGAUAUGGCCUCAAAUCAAUUUCAUGAUAUAUUGAACAGUUCACUGCAACUACUCCACAAGCUGCUCAACCCCUCCCACAUUAACUUCGUCUACUUCAGCCGCCGCUCCAGCUGCUAUAACUUUUGAACCGUCCUCCAUCUCCUCAUCUGUUUUUCCCUCUUUGUUAUGGACUGGAUGGGGUGGAGUCAUGUCUUCGACGUAUGACAGCGUCUUAAAGGGAAAUUAGACCACAGCCUACCUACACACAUCCAAAACCAACUUUUAUUUAUUUUUUUUACACUGAAUAUAUUGACAUGGGCAAAAUAAUGAUGGUUAUUGUUACAAAUUUCAAUAUCAGUAAAUUUUCGGUUUAAUGCCCAGCCCUACAGUCUACAGUCAGAUUCAGAUUUUUUGGCUGGAGACGGCCAAAAUUUUCAAUAAACGCAAACAACAUAUCACAAUAAAAAAUAAUGACACCUGGAGAGAAAAAUGAGCAACAAACUCAGGGGUGCUCUGAUACAAGUACUCCGGAUUUACGCUGCAGCUGUUACUUUGCACACCCAUGUAGAGACAUGAAAUGUCUCCACUUUCAGUAUUCCCAUUAAGAAUACAGCUGAGUCUUUCUAAACCUGCAUGAAUGUAUUCAGUAAACACAGCCAGGACCUCUGUCCCUUUCUCCUGAACUAGUGUCCUCUCUCUGGCUUUCACUUUCCCUCUUACAGGCGUGACUGAGUCCUGAGGCCGCUGCUGUAUCAGCGCCUCCAACUAACGACAGUGAUGAAGCCUGUGAUAAGAGCCAGAGAGCAAAAUCCCCUUAAAUUAACUUAUACCUGUUUUUUUAACAAAGAGCCAUGUUAAAACCUGCGUUUCUCAGCAUUCCUGUGACUUUAGGAUUUAUUGACACUAAACCUGAUGACCUGUCUCAUAUCCUUAUCAGGCUGUUUACAUAAAACAACAAUCAUACAAAGAUAAGACCAAUGGGCUGAUGUCAGCUUUUUAAUACACCUGGCCUUGGCAGUGAUGUCAAUCCAUCUUUUUGUUUGUUUUGUCUCUCUAAAAUUAAAAAAUACCUAAAGUUAUGAAUAAGAGAGGGUUUAUUUUGAUCACCAUGGUAGUUUUUUCAGUGUCUAUGGUGAAAGUUAAGAUAGUUUAAGAGCACUGAGUUACCAUUGUGACAGAUGGAGGUUUAAGAUUCCUCAUGUAUGUAUAUUUCAUCCAUUUUUAAGUUAUUUUCCCAUAAGCAGCAUAAUUGAAAUUCACCGUAUUUUGCUUUGUUAAAAAAUACACUCCAUGGAAUUUUUAACACAAGCUUUAGAGAAUUUUUUUUUACACUGGGUAGAAGUGUUUAAAGUCACACUCCAAUCGUUUUUCUUUUACUUCUCAAAGUGUUAUUAGUGGGAUUUUAAGUUGUGAUUAGGAAGUUUUUAGCCAAAAUCACAUUACCUGUGUCAUUUUCAAAGACUUUUCUUCUGCAGAGAUCCAGUAGCUCAUUAGCAAUUUGGGCGGUGACAGCGCUACUCUACCCACUCCUCUUUACGCUAGCUUGUAGCCUAAUAUUGCCGGUGUAGUAGUAAAAGAAGCAGGUAACAAAGGAGCUAUUCAGCUCUUGGACACAAAUGUCUUUGGGGACAGAAUGAAAGUUAUUAUCAUAAUUAGCUUUCUUAUGAGCAUUACAAUCUGCUAACGCACAUGCUUGUUCCCAAGUAUGCAAGUCUGGCCUGCAUAGCAGGGUUUUGGGGGCGGAGCUUGGAUUUGCUAUGUAGGAAAACUCACUGUGUCUGAACCUGCCAUUUGGGUCUGCCAGAGAUUUACAGCGAUUUGAAUGCAGAAAAACUCAGGAAUUUAGUUUCACAUUUGGUUUUCUCAUGAUACGGCCUCUAGAAAAAUGCCAUAUGAACAUGUAGACAACAAGAAAAACAGGGUUUUCAUCAGAGCGGGUCUUAAGAAAUGACUAUCUUUGAAAGUCAGAAGUCGCUCUGUAAUAGUUUAUACUGCUAAAGCUUUCGCAUGAUGACUCAUUAAACAGCCCUUAAAUUAUCAUUGUUAUUCCAGCAUUAACACUUAAAAGAAUAAUCAAGUCACCCCAGGAGGACUUUGUGCUUUUAAACCCACUGUUUCAAAGUCUGUAGGAGUCACAGUGAGUGGGGUCUGUCACAAUCAAGUGUGUGUUCGUACCAAAACUUCUGCCAAUCAAAAAGUCAGUCCUGUAGCUCUUACAAGGUCUGUGUCUUUUUUUCUCUCUGUACAGGACUACUUGGAGUCUAUCAGUAACCAGUCUCGUCUGGCUCUGAGCUCUGAAGAUAGAGGCUCUCUGUUCGGCAACAUCCAGGACAUCUACCACUUCAACAGGUACAACACAGAGCAACAGAACUAAGACCUAUGCCACAUUUAAUACAGCAUUUUAAUGAUUAGACAGGUAUGAUGCCUGCUUUUUUAGGUCACUCCUCUUUUGCCUGUCCAGACUAAAAUGUCUGAUAAAUUGACUCUUUUCUGUCAAGUGCAACAACAAUAAAAACCAGUCAUAUGAACAGUAAAACUAGGCCAAACCACCUGUCAAUUUGUGAAAAGGGCGUUGUUGUUGUUGCAGUCAGGUGUGUGUACAUGUAAUAAGUCCCUGUCUGCAUAUUUUUGUCCUCUGGCACUGCUCGUAACUGUGUUUGUACGUGUGUGUGUGUGUGUUGUGUGUAUCCAGACUAAACGGUUGGCUGAGCAUCAGCCACGGUGGUCUGGAGACACACACUCCUUUUUCUCCCACCUCUUCAUUUCUCAGCUGUCACUCCCUCUCAAACUGGCCAGUACAACCAAGCAUAAAAGCAGACUAAAGCGGUCACAAUGACCUCAUGCUUUAACCAUGAAACAAUAACUUCAGCAGCAGCCCUUUUUGUCACAGUGUGCACUUACACACACAAACACGCACACAGUCAGUGCACACUGUCUGACACACAGGAGCUCCCUGUUUGAAUUCAUGGAAGUUUCUUAAUUGUUUGCAGCCAAAUGCCCUUACACCUAGUUUCUGUAACCAGGGUGACUCUUGCUAUUGAAAUUCAAUGAUUAGAAAAACAGUUGCUCUUUGUGACUGAAGAGAUCAUGGAAUAAAUAUUUUGAGCUCUGUUUUUUUUUUCAGGGACCUUCUUCAUGAUCUUGAGAAGUGCAACGCCGACCCUGUGGGCAUCGCAGAGUGCUUCGUAUCCAAGGUAACCAAUGACAUCCUUUACACUGCUCUUGCUCUUCUUCCUUCCCAUGACCACACCUCUAUAACCAGAUUUUGAUGUCUUUUCAUAACGUCCAAAAUCAAACAAGACCUUUAGCUACAAGAUUGACAAUUUUUUAUUAGCUGUGUUUUAAUGGAUGAAACCAGCGCGAGGAGGUCGGUGUCAACCAGGCGGCUGAAGAACCAGCCCAGUUUUUGCAAUGUCCAUGUAAAACAUUUACAAUAAAUAAUAAAUUUGACUGGCAAAAGUCAGCAGGGUAAGAUUUUAAACUCUACUCAAGCAUUGAGAAGCAAUGAAUUCUUUGUCCACAGGGGGCGCCAAAUUUCAAACAAACCAAAAGUUCUUUACAGGUGCUUUAAGCUGGAUCAGAAGUACUGUAAUUUGUGAUCUUGAAAUAACCAGACUGUGUCAGAUAAAAGUUGCUAAACUUUGAUUAAGGAUCUGAAGAAUGAACAGCUUUGAUUUUGUUCUUCAGACAUCAGGACUUUCAGACUUUAUCUCUGUUGAGGAGUGCUGUUACAUCGCUGUUCUUCUACUUCUACCCACCACUGUCUGUCUAUCUGCCCACAUGCACACUCUUCCUUCCUUCCUUCCCCCUGUUUAAACUUGUCCAAACAGCUGCUUCACACACACACAACCAUGCACACGCACACACAGACCUUAAAAAUGAGAAACAGGUAAUGCUCCAUCAUGAGAGGGAAGUAAACAAAGAUCAGAUGAAGACGCUGCUUGAAGCCAGUAGAGUUUAUUGAAGUUAGUAGCAAGAUUUCAGAGGUAGGAAUGUCCAUAUAAAGAGCAACAGGAGGGUAGAGAGGAGUGACAAGUAUGGGGGAAUUUUAAGGGCUGUUCAGAUAUGCAAUCACCUUUUUUUACUGCAGGGGGAUAAUAGCAGGGCUUCAUCAAGAAAAACUGGACUCAGCAACUCUGGUCACGGUAUCACUGCUCCUUUUUUCAUGCAUUUACUCCACUCCUGCUCCUGCCUGUCCAUCCCCCUAAACAAGAAGAGAAAAAAACAUGAUUAUGUCCCAUGGUAGUGCGCUGCAUACCAGCACUUCCUCUAAAAGCCCUCACAUUCCCUCCCUACCCGACUGCAAUUACACCCAAUACCACAGAGCAACUGUCUGACCAUGUUUAUAAAAAAACACAAGUCAUGUCAGCGUCACAGACACCCUAAAUACAGCAGCUGUUGCUGAGACACAUCAGUUUUAUAGCCUCCCACAGUAGCACUCUGAAUAAUUAACUGGAAUCCAUAAACAAACCAGAAUCAUGACACUUCUUCACCGACUGAUUCAUGUCACACUUGUUGCUGGUUUGGGAUUAUCUCGAAUGAUGUCCCAAUCAGAAAAGGACAUCCUCUUGUUUAUUUCCAAUCUGUAACUUUUAGGACUCGGAUUAUGCAACUAAAAAACACCCUCAUGGGAUUUACUGUGCGGUUUAGACAGAGGUUAGACUGGGUUAGCUAGCUUGGAAGUGAGGAUCAACUUUUGAAAUGUCUGCCUGUAACUUUUCGCCCCUAAAAUAAAGUUUAAACAGCUGUUCUUUGAACCAUACACCCUUCAUUAUCUCUCUGGUAGAGCCGUAAUCACCUCUACCAUGCUGUUGUAUUUAAGACAAUAUCAAUUAGCAUUUAAAAUAAGUUAGAUAGUGAAUUUAAAUCAGCUCAUUUACGUGGUAUCGUUAGUCAACAGCUUGUUUAGGUGAGUUCUGACUGGCCAUGAUUUAAAGCCCUGGUAGGAAACUUUAGUCUGUGUUGAAUUUGGUGCCCCCUUUUGGACAAAUGGGUGUCUGUGCAUGCAGAGGUAGUGUCCUCUAAUAAAUAUCUUGUUAUCAUUUUACUGUAAAUUUAAAACCAGCUUUUUUUGGCAGCUUGCAGUUAAUUAAAUUAUCUUACACCUACCCAUGUUAGUAAUUUUUUGACAUCAAAAAUACUACUGUAGACAGAAUCAACCUCAUCCCUGUCGCUAUGCUUUGCCUUUGUUAGCCAUCAAGAGGCAUCAAUAUUAAUGCCAGUCUGUUUCAUAGCAAGAUAAAAACUCCUCACAGCAGCUUUAACACAAAAAAAGUGACAGAUUUUUUUUUUCUUUUUUUCUGUUUGUUUGGUCCAUUUUAUCCCAAAAUUGACAUCUAAGUCCCAAACUAGGAGUACUUAAAUCUUUAAUUACCUCACACUCAUUUUCCUCAGUAGAUGCAGAUUCUCUUUAGGAUUUCGUGGGAUUGUAGUUUUUCCUUAAGGUUUUUUCGUUCUUGUCCAGUUUGGCUUAAAAAUCUGCAUCAUUUGAUACUGGCACAAGAAACUGAUCGGAAGUCUAAAAGUUGUGUGAGGAGGUUCUUUGUUAUAUUUUUAUCAUAUAAAUAUUAAUGCAGUAUAACAAUGUAGCUGAGAGGAACAAACGGUAGUAUUAGUAGUAUUGUAUGUUAAAGCUUGUCAGUGAAUAUGAUUUAUAGACAAUAUAUAUAAAAAAUUUAAAAAAAAACAACCAUGACUGUAAUUGCCUGUCUGAUCAUAUUAACAAAAAUGAAAAAACAAACGAAAAAUAUAUUCUAUAUAUGUAAUUAGAAUUAAUGUAGUGGGCAUGUGUACAGCAAGAAUCAGCUUUUAUAGUGAACUGACAGCUGAUCAGUGAUUGUCAGCUGUCACUGUUAUGAAAAAGGUCAAAUGGACAUUAUGUGACCCUCCAGUUUCUCCAGACUUCUGGUUUUUCAAAAAAAUGUGUCCUGUCUCCUUAAACAUAUCCCUUAUUUUAUAUGUUCUUGAAUCUGUCCAUGCAUCUUUGGUGGGAGAGAACAUGACACAAGGAAAAGAUGCAUCUGAAGGAUUCAUAUAUGCAAUUGCUGAGAGCUGGAGCAUGCAUUAUGUGAAACAGCAGUGCUGCAAAGAAAACGUGACUUUUUUGAUGCUGUUUGUCAUCCCCCUCUGUGCAAAUGAAACACAAAUGCACCAAAUCUCCAAAAGUAGAGUGAGUGACAUGUUUGUCUGCCUGUUUUCCAGACAGAAGUAUCAGAUUAGUACAUCGUUAUUCAGAAGAAACUAAAAAUAACUGUUUUUUUUUUCUGUUCUGGUUUUGCUUUUCUUCCAGUGAGGAAUCUGUUCAAGUGUUUAUACACGUCCAUACAAUCGUCGAUGAGUGGUUUCAAUAGAGCACAAACCAAAUGCCUGGAAACAUUUAGUCACCACUGACCAUGGCGCCCCCUCCUCAAAUUGAGACUUCCAAGGACUCACAUUCAUAUGUGUCUGUGUGGGAGUGUGUGUGUGUGUCUUCAUCGUUUAACAAGCAGACUUCUGGUAAAUGGGUUAUAACCAGAACAGUAACCAGAGGCCUUUUGUGUUGCUGAAGGUUAGUCAUGGUUGCUAAGGCAUUGGAAAAAACCACAAAGCCUGCAUUUUCACUAUCUGACACACACACACUUGUAGCUAAUUCUCCUGCAGCCUGAGCAGCCAAGACUCACAACCCAGCACAGCAUUUGAAGAGGAGACAGAUGGAGUUAUAAAUCUCCCCCUUUCUCUCUGAGAUAAUUGGCUAUAUGUCCUGGUGUUCCUCUCUGUUCCACUGAAUCUGUACUGUGCGAUGUGUUGAGUAAGCCUCUCAAGUGUUUUAUGUGCUGCUACAUGCUGAUGAAGCACGGCGAGCACAAUUACAACAAGAUCUGUAGUUUCUGUUUUUACCCCGAGUAAUCUGACGUGUCAAAGCUCACCUGAUGACUCAGUGUGAGCGGUCAAGUCUUGACAGAUCACAGUAGCAAACAAAGACGCAUGUUUAUUACUUUUGCAUUGGAAUGAUCAGCGGGUGGUGGCGCAAGGUAGAGAUUUCAUGCAUAUUGUUUUUUUUACCAGUUUUUCAAAGUAGAAGUCAACAUCUACCCUUGUGAAAAACACAGUCAGAAGGGUUCAGGUGUAUUUCACUGUAACAUGUCACAGUUCUCAGACUCACAUUUUAUCUGAAGAAAUAAAAAAGUGAAAGAUCAGAGCAGCUCUCCUGAACAAAAAUCAACCUCAAUCCACAAGCAAGAGUCAAAGUCAGCCAACCCUGUGUUUAUUAGUUAUUAACUAUUUUGACUAGUUGCCUAUGGCCUACAGCACCGUCUAGUGGUCAAAGUCACAAGCUAGUCAGUCAACUUUGGUCCACUGUGUUGUUUUUUUGGAGUCAAAAAAAGGCCAAUCUUCUAUCUUGAUAAUCUUAAAAGUGAUGAAGUGAAUUACAUGAAGGAGCCAGCUUAGAGAGUUCAAGACUCUCAUGUCGCAUCAAAACUGAUGGUUACAAGAUGAAAUGUAGCUUGUAUAUGUUUCUAAAAGGGAAGUAUAUGUUAUAGGUCUGGGUUAUUUAUGGUGAGGUUCAAAGUCCCUGUGCAGACAUGCAUGCUCGGCACAAUUUCUUACUCCAUAGAAGCAUUUAUGUAUUUUGUGGUUUCACUUUUCAAAGUCCACAGCCUUAUUAAGAGUGUGUAUUAGGAGUGUGUGAGUGAAUGUCACUGGAAAUCGAUGAUGGCACAUCUGGUUGUGUUUAGGUCUGGUCUGUGGCGGCAGACUGCUGGAGACGAGGAGGAGGAGGAGAGCUCUGCUCUUCAAUUUAGGACUGUUCCCACAGAGCACCUCAGGCUAACAAAUCAUAAGAGUCUGUCUGUCGGCGUUUCAGCGUGCAUGUGUGUGUUCCUAUGUGCAGUAAAUUCUGACGGGUUGCACUGUUUGUGCUCCUGCAGUUACGUUAAAUUGUUUGCAGUAGCUUGAAUUGUUAAUGUAUAAUUACCCACUGCGAGAAAUAAACACGAACACACACUCUUCACACUGCAGAGUGAAAGCUUUCUAUUCAUAACAUGUUGGAAAACAAAUGUGAGUGUACACCUCUCUCCACAUUUGUGUAUUUUAGUACAUUUUGAACCAGGACAUACUUCUGCCAUCUGCCUCGAUGUUUACGGAGCUGCUUCCUGAUAGCUGUCCACAUCCUGUGACCCCCAAGUGUUUAUGGACACAAAUAGAGUUUAAUUAAACCCUCGCAUUAUGCAACAGCGGUGGGUUCAUCUCCAGGUCUCAGAGAGGGAAAGACGGACAGAAAAAUUCAAGAAAAGAGAAGAAGUACAAGAAAUUGUAAACUGAAGUGUAGACAAAAGAAGAUGAAGAUGAGGAGAAAAGAUUGAGUUAUACCCCAUUUGAUGGCUGUGAUGUUCAGAGGAGUAUGCAAGGUGGGAAAAGUCUCAAUUAAAGGGUCAGCAAUGAAAUAUGAGGGGAUAUUUUAUCCUGCAGAGACUUAAAGGACAGGGCACAGACUAAUUAUUAGCUACAGGGUUGACUUUCAAUUAGAAGUGAUGGAGUAGAGUGGGUUCCCUUGUCUGAGGGCUCUUGGUGUGCAGAGCCAUAAACAUGAAAUAACCAGCCAGCCUCUAAAACUGCACCGAGUCCCUCCUGAUUCAAUGCAACAGUGACAGAGAAGACACAUGCUGACCUUCAGCUUUGUAUGUUUGUCUUUUCUGUUUCACAGAUCGGUUGUGUUCUCAUCAUUUUCUCAUGAUCUGAAAGUUAUUAGCAGGCACUCAAAACUUGAUUUAGAUUUAAUCCGGCUUUCUGAUCAUCAACUCUCCCACGAGUUUUGUCUUUGUCACAAUGCUUGAGAAAACUGUUAAAAUAAAUCCUCAAACAGACAAGUAGACAAUGGUGUUUACUGAGACUCAAAUUAAUACAGACCUGAUGUUCAGUGGGAAAAACACAAUUUUAUUGCAUGCGUGGUCCUAAUUUCCCUAUCCUCCUGUGUUUUCUGUAUUCAGUGUCCUCUUAGUGUGGUGCAAAAAAGACCACUCGGAGGAGCUACUGGUGUAAUGCUAUAAUGAUCAGAUUAAAAACAAAAACAGAUGACAAAUGGCAUUUUGACACAGUUUGGCAGUAUUCCCAUCGAGAUAGUGGAAAUAAAGUUGUGUGUAGGUUACGUCAGGUUAAACUGGCAUUUUACCUCUCGAUUAGAGCAACUGACCUGCAGAGCAGCAAGGUCUGCUGGUGCUGGCUCUGCUAGUGUUAGCCACACUCUGAAAACCAUGAAACAUUUAGACAGAGCAUAGAGAGUGGGAAGCAACAUGUGGAAAAGGGGCUGCAGGCUGGAAUCAGACCUGGGGCCUGUUCUACGAAGCAGGAUUACUGCUUAGCAAGGUAACUUUGAGGAUAAGUUCGGGGUUUCCUGUUCUACGACGCGGGUUCACCUCUUAGCGAGGCGAGUCUCCAUAGCAACAUACGCUGAACGGCUAAACUGCUCCGGGGCAGGUUAAGUUCCAGAUUGAACUCACCGAGUAUAAAAACCCCGCCCACUGACCAAUGAGCUCUCUCGAAAAACGGCUUGUCCGUUCUUGGAGGAUCCUGUAGACCUCGGUGCUCGCAAUGUCCGAGGAGGAGCACUCCGGCUCCCGAGAGUUUUCAGGGAGAGUUUUCUCCGGAUGACCACCUUUAUGAAAGGCUUAUAUGGCCGACAUAUUACACAAAACAUGUAAACACGAUAGGAAUGAACAAAUGAAUGAUUCAUCUUGGGAAUGAAUGGGCAUGGGCUGUGCGAUCACAGACAACAUCUCGGUACUAUUUAGUAGCAGCGCACGCCCCUUAUAAUAACGCAGUAAAUACUGUUGUUCAGGACUGCUUACUUGUGCCUCCUACCCACUGUAACAACCUUUGUUCUUGCCCACAUGCAACAUUCUUGUUCUCAUUCAUGAAACGCUUAAAUCAGGGACAUUUUCGGGGACAGCUUUAUCCGGGGACAGAUCAUCCAAUUCGGGGACUGUCACCUUAGUUAAAAGCGCAUGUUGAACAGCGCUAUUUCAGGGUGAUAAUGGCAUCAAAGAUUACUUUUCUGCCAGCAUUCCCUCCGUGCUUUUGUAGCGGCGACGGUGUUGCUUUUGAGGUUUAUGAUAGCUUUCAAUUCUUCAUACUUUCUCAUGAUCGUCUCCUGUUCCUCGUUUGUAAAGUCCGCGGUCCUUCACUCUCCAGCCUGCUCUGACGCUCCAGACUGAUCCAUGUUCGCGAUUGGUCAGAUGCGGCGGGCUCCGCCUUAUAUCUGUGCACGCGCUCAUAGCAGAGCUGGAUCCACUUAUGAGGUUGAUAACCAGCGUCGUAAAACCGUGUAGCGAGACCGCUGGCUACCGCGCUAAGUUGAGCGAGGUAGCUCCAAGCCUACCUCGCUAAGUUGAACCUGCUUCGUAGAACAGGCCCCUGCUGUCUGGACUGUAGCCACUUUACACAGGGGAGCACAGCUUAGCCAAAGUGUCACUCUGUUGCCCCUAGUUUUGAUGGUUCUUUGGCUGUUAUCUCAACUUUGGACAAGUCAGUUAGUCGGUAUAAUUCUCUGCUCGGACAACUUUGAGAUUAAGUGUUUCAGAAGAACUGCCAAACAAAGGUCAAGGGCUACAUGAUUAAUCAAUUUUAAAUCAUUAUUUGAUUAUGACGAUGUAAAGAAGAUCAAAAUCGUCAAACCAAUAUUCCUCUCUAUCAGGCUUCCAGAAUCAGCGGUGUUUCAGGUGACUGUAAACUGUACUUUUUGAAAACAGGUACGAGAGUGCUUAAAUCGGUAAACAAAAACAACCUUUAUAUGAAUACUUUUUAUUCUUCUUCUGUCUUUUGUGCAUUUCCUGGGCAGCGUUACAGUGCCACUUACUGGCUUGGCAUAUGCACUACAUUGUUUUCAGUGGUUUAGUUUGAAGAGAUGAUAGGAAAACUUUUUAUCAGUGAAGUUUGGUGAAGUUGUCACUAAAUAAAUGAUUAAAAUCAAAAAUUGAGUUUUCAGAGGAAAAAAUCUGGAUUCUAUUUUUGGCCAAAAUCAUGCAGCCCUAGGUCAAAGCUUUCUCUUUAAUACCUUACUAUAUGGGAUGGUCCAGUUUAGUGGUAGUUUGUAGAGUUGGUCUUUUGUAGGUUGGAAAGUUUUCUGUUCAAUCCCAGCUCGUGCAGGGUUGGCUGGGUUAGGAGUGAAGGAGUACAAAGAGAGGAGUCCGGUAACGGUCAGUGGUUAUAUCACUGCAACACGUGUGAGGACAUUUCUUUAACACAAACACAAUAAGACAAGCACCUGCUUGGGAUUAAUGUUCCAGUAUAUUACCUGCUGUGUUCACACUCUGGUUCAUUCGAUACCUGGUUGAGGCCCCCCUUUUAUGUAACAGGUGGAAACUAUUGAGCUUUUUCACAAUAUUCUUGUUUGUUGAGAUGCACCUGUAUGUCAGGCUAACAACAUCAUGUUUUAACAAUCUUUCAUCCUCACUACAUCAUAACCAUCCAUUAAAGAAAAAUAGUGGUCAACUAUGAAAGCCUCCUCACUUCACACCCUUAAGUGACCAGCCAGACUGGGCAGACACAACUUUAGACGAAUUGUUCUGGUACCUUUUUCUGAAUUUCAUACUCUUAACUGGAAGGCUGGGGAGAAAAGGUUGAGUAAAAGGGAUAUUUCGGGGUACAUUAAAGUUAUGGUCAAACACGCCGUAACACCAAGUUAGACACCCCCUCGAGAGAUGAGUGUUGACGACUGCUUGCUUCUCUAGUUAUACCAACUUCAGCAAUGACCGCAUGAUAGAAAUACACAGCGGUCUACGUCACCAUGUACAAACCUCAACCAAAUAGCCACUUGUAGCCACAAAUAAUGCUCAGAACAGCACCUAACUUCAUCAACAGUACAUAUAGGGUCCCAACCAUAGUACGAGCCAUCAAACAUCUUUUUAGCUUUGCCUGGUUUCUUUAGCAAAGAGACCAAACACAACUCACCCACUCUCCUCCAGCAGCCACUUGUGGGGGAGCCCUGACGAGUCGGUCACCGAGUGCAGUGGAAAAUGUAUGAUUAUUUCUUCAUAGAAAUGCAAUUAAACCUAGACGCUAAGGCAGAGGAACUACUGUGUGUGCAGUCCACGUACAAGAUACGCAAGAACUCUGAUUGCAUUUCCAUGAAGUAAAUGUUCUAAAUGUUCUUCCUUGAGCUGCGAAACUCCACUGCACUCUGUGAUCAACUUGAAGUCUUGAGAAACAGAUAGAGACUUUUGUAUUCACUGAUAAUCCCACUUGGACAGUGUUAGGAAAUGUUCAGGGGUGAAUUCUUGUGUGAAAGAGGCUUUUAUAGAGAGGGAUAAUAUCCAAGUUAGUGUUGUCAUUAUAGUCUGUAUAUAGAAUGGACAGCGUCUGCCUCCUUGCUGUGUGAAGCCACUCUGAGAACAGCGCCCCUCUGUUGAUGGGCUGCAGUAUAGGUCAUAAAUCCUGCCUUCGCCAACAAAGCUAAUGGAGCUGUGGACAAACUUUAGAAAUUUAUUACACAGGACAUAAAUUUUUCUCCCCCCUGCUUGUGAUGUUGACAUGUCAUCACAGCAUCACAGCAACUCUCGACGACUCUCCCGCCGAAUGUGCACAAUGUUACUGCGCAGUGUUGGUUUCAGGAAAUGAAGAAAAAUCCCGGAAAUACAGAGAGCUUUUUGGCUUCAAAUCCAUAUACAGGCGGGAGGCGGAACCAAGUUGUUUAUAGUGUAUAGAGUCUAUAGUUGUCACUUAACGCAGCUUCUAGCAUACAGUAAACAUGUAAUCUUACAAUUCUAAGGGAAGAUCAAACAGGUUGAAGGCGCUUACCUCUCAUUUUACACUUGUUUUUACCAGCAAAUCUGACAACACUCUUUUGUGUUACCUGACAUGACUACAUGUUGUGUAUUUCUCUUGUUUUUAUCCCUUGAAUGCAUCAAGUCAUGAAUCCUUUUUGUCUUUUUCAGAGUGAAGAAUUCCACAUUUACACUCAGUACUGCACCAACUACCCACGGUAAGACGCUCUCAUUCAUUUGACUGUAUAAAAACCGUCACCCUGUUGUCAUUGUCAUCUAAUCUUGAUCUCAUCUCCACACACCGUCUUCCCAGAGUCUCACAUAUCUCUAUUGUGCAUGCGGAUCAAUGCCUUACCCUUUUUUUCCUCGCCCUGAUAAACUGACGCGCUCCAUAGAAGGUGCUUCAGCAGGAGUCAAAGUGUCUACCUUCAGUUAUGCCUCAGGGUCUAACUCCCUCGCUCCUGAGUGCCCCAUUUUUUAUCCUGCUUUUCUUUUAUUUGCGGUGUAUUGACAGAGUAACAGCUCACCCACUGACAGAUGGGGUAUUAUAGGUGUCAUCUUAUCACAGCUAACACUGUUAAUGUUUUAUUAAGCUGGGCGAGUGCAGGCCCCUCGGGACGCUUAUGUGGAUCACCAGGGAGGAGUUUCGUGGAGUUUUUUGUUUGUCAGUGUGUGUACUGUGUGAGAUUUAAUGGGCUGAAACCGGAGCCUUUUCUUGAUGCCAAGAUAAACUGCACCUACCAAACACACCUUCUCCCCCAGCUACCAUUUUUCAGUCAAAGUGUGUGAUAAGAAAGGCACGUGGGGAACAAAACACACCAUUCACUAAUUGAAUGCUGAUUGUGCGUGUGUAUGUGUGUUUGUGAGUGUGUGUCUGUAAAGGGGCUAUUGUCAGCUGUUUGAGAUAGACCGUCUCCCACAUCCACACCACAGCUGGUGACCCCCUACCAAGGUCACACACGACAGACACACACCAACGUACACAUAUGACACACAAAUACACACACACACACACACACACACAUACAGGCUGCAGAUGUAUCAUGGUCAUGCUGGGCUCCAGGGUCGGGUUUCCUCCAGAACAAUGUGAGGCCUGUGUGGAGCUUUGCUGGAAUUCAGACAUGCAGACAUGCACAUGCAUGCGCUCACACACUCACACACACAUAAAUAGACUAAAAGCAAGUUUUGGGCAACUGUCAUUUUUUCCUCUCUAUCUGUAUGCAUGGACACACACACACACACACAGCCUACACUUGUUGGUGAAAAAGGCUCUUUCUUCCACGGUAGGUCAAUAAGUACAGCAGCUCCAGUUACCAGCAGAUCUGACUCCUCUGGUGUAAUAUGUACCAAUAAUCAAUUUAUGUUGUCUAGCAAGAAAAAAUAAGAAAUCUGUGUUUGACCAAUAAGCAAUCAAUGGACCUUGAGUUCAGUGGCACUGAAAGUAACAAGAUAACAAGGACAUUGUAAUUCAGCAUAAAUAAUAUCACAUGCACUGACUUCCACUGAAAGCCGAUUAAGUAUGACGCGGCUGCACAUUUUGACAAACAGAGGCAGGUCUCAGCUAGAAACCCAUGUAAAUAAUUAUCAGGCUGUCUGUGUAAUGAUGAAACACCUAAUUAUUUUACUUCCACCGAAACACAUGAUGUCAUAUUUACUAAUUGCCAUAGCAGCAUGGUGAAAACAGAGGGACGUGAAUACAGUCAGGCUGUCAAGUUUGCUCAACAAAAGCUGCAAGAAGAGAUUUCUGCAUUUAACAAAGUGAGAGGAAACAUAAAGCUGAACUUGGAGAGUCAAAAAUCUGACAGUGGAGUAGUAGAGGAGGAGGGUUAACGGUCCACAGUAUGCAACAGUGAAUACAGCUGGUGUUAAAGUCUCCUAGAAGUUGAUCAGGAAGAAGGUUGUAGUGAUGUAUGCCUCAGCUUUCUGAGCUCUUCUACUAAUUAAUUGAUCAUUUAUUCCUACAAGCUGUUCUUUUAACCGUUUUCAUUCAGCUGCAUAACUUACACUCUUCUAGAAGUAGCUUACACUUCAAAUAAAAGCAUUUUUUACAGUGUAGGAAACCAGGCAAUUUAAGAUUAAGACAGAAAAUAGAAAGGAUGUAAAACAAUCUUUCCAUGAAGAAGAAGUUUCCCUUACAAGGACAGUAAUGUGGAUAAAUCAAAGAUUUUAACAUAAUUAGAAUUUAAUGAUGAUAUGCAAGUUAAAUGUGAGUAUUAAGAAAAUAUAUGGACUUGUAAUAUUUAGAAUCAUGUACUUUAUCUUGUUCCAUUAGCGUCUUACUAAAUAGAUUUUAACAAAAAGCAUAUAGAAGGUUAAAUAUGCUAAGAAGAUGCCUAAAGUUCACUAAAAACUGUUAUACUUUCUGUAAAACAGGGUGUUUUUUUCUCUGUCAGUAUUGUAUAGGCUGUCUGCACAUGCAUCACAGCUCCUAUUUGUCAUUACUGUCAAAUUAUAGUUUACUACAAAGCCCUGAUAUCUUAUUUGCUCUGUUUUGUCUCCACAGGUCGGUGGCUGUGCUAACAGAAUGCAUGAGGAACAAGGUGUUGGCCAAGUUUUUCCGCGAGCGCCAGGAAUCUCUGCGGCACUCCUUGCCCCUGGGCUCCUACCUGCUCAAGCCGGUGCAGAGGAUCCUCAAGUACCACCUACUGCUGCAUGUACGUUUGUCUGCGUUGUCUUGUUUAAACACAUGCAUACAAUCACUCUUUGCCUACAGAAAUGCUAGAACGAGCACAAACAUGUCAGCAGGCAGUAAUGUUUUAUCUAUGGCCAUACAAAUGAAUGGUGCUACGGUUAAGUAACAGCAUUUCUGGAUCAGCUCCCAGUGACAGUCUCCACUGGAGAGGCCAAAUGUUUGGACAUAUGGUACUCAGUAUGCAUCUUCCUGUAUAGGCACACCGCUCGCAUGCAUUGUAUGCAUAAGCUCAUAUGCAAAAAUACACACCUGGAAGUGAAGCCCUUUCAUGAACAUGCAUGCACAUAGUGUGUAAGUGCACAUGCAAGCAGAAUGUGCAAAUACUUACUCUGAGUGUUUGUGUGUGUCUGUGCAGGAGAUAGCCAACCACAUGGAGAAGGACACAGAGACGUACGAGGUUGUGCAGGAAGCCAUAGAAACCAUGCAGAGAGUGGCCUGGCACAUCAACGACAUGAAGAGGAAACACGAGCAUGCUGUUAGAUUACAGGUACAAAAAGCACGAAAAAGGUGAUAGAUAAACAGAUGCCAAAUUACGCAGUCAUGUCCGGUACAUGACUACCUAAAUCAGACACAGACUUUCAAGGCUUCCAAGGAGCCGAUACCUCAUAUUUCUGCAGAAAAGCUACGUGAAGUCUAAGUUUCAAUCGGCUGAUGCACUGAUCCUCCCCACAUCUUACGCAAGUCACUAUGUUUUCCGCCGGGCUAAUGAUGGCCUUGCAUAAGGGAGACACAUAAAAGAGAGACUUGUUUCUUUUAUCAGCUGGGAGCCAGGAGGGGUCAAGUGAAUUCAGGAAUGUGUGUGGAAACGUUUACUGUCAGAGUCUGGAAAAAAAGGAUGGGCGAGAUUAAGAAGAAAAUACUUUUUUCAUCCUUUUUCUGGAGCCCUUUUCUCAGACAUAUUUCCUACUUUACAGUUACUUCCCUAUAACCUUUUGUCUUUUACUAUCAUGGCUUACUGUUUCUUCUUAAAUCACUAGAAACAUAAAAUGUUAUCUAACUCAGUGCUUCAAGUGGAAAAACAAUUAGUUCUGGUAUCAUACUGCCAGUGACAGUAAAUCCUGCAGCUGUUGAAGAUACUAGAAGAUGAUGCCGAUUUUUAAAACAUAUAUUUACUGAAAAAACUACUUCAGUGUGCCAGUCUGAAAAGAACUGUAUGUACCACUGUAUCACCAUGCUCCAAUCUAAUUUCCAUUGGGUUUUAUAAACUAUAUUCAGUAGUAUUAGCGUGGGAUGCAGAGACAUCAUCAGGCCUUCACUUUACAGAUAUGGAUAAGACAUAAGGAGUUAGCUGUAAAUGUAGUGAUAAAUUAAGAAAUAAAAUCAUUUAAGAGGUAAGAUAAAUUUAGACCUGUAUCAUCAUCAUUCAGCCCUGCUUUGGUUCAUGUCCUCUUUGUGCCCUUUGAGGCCAGGCUAACGUUGCUGUCCCCUCUUUCCUUACUCAGAUUUUUUUCCACUUUUGUCCAUUACUGUAGGGGCUCUUUAGUUUGUCAGUUUGCUGUUGUUUUGUUUUGCAUAAACAAGACAAGUACACGUUAAAUAACACCCUUUGUAAUGUAUUUUGGGUGCUGUAAAUUGUAACACGAAGAAAACUGGAAAGAGAACAGAAAAAUUAUUCUGGUAUGCCAAAGGGUUAGGUCUAAAAAUGGUAGUACUGUAGGGGUACACCAAAUACUGAGGCUGAUAUUGGCAAAUUAUUUGUCUGGGCCUUGUAUUUUACAGAUGUCAGAUAAAGUCAUUUAAUUAAAAAGUACUCUACUUUGGCUCUGCAGCCAGUGUUUGUUUCCCUCUGGUUCUGUUUUUUUGCACCACUCUGUCUCACCUAAUGUCCCGCCCACAACUCAACCCGAUGGGCUAGAAGUCACACAGUUAGCUGUUUACUCCUAUAUAUGAUGCUUAACGUUAUUUUUGAAUUCACUCUCUGAAAUUACUUUUUCUGAAUCAUUUUACCAACAUUUCAUGGUAGAUUGUUAAUUUAUAUUAGUGAAGCUCUAUAUUAAUGAGGUGAAGGAUCAUUGUUAUGCGCCAAAUUUUUCAAGUCUCUCUUUAGUUUGCAAUUGUUUUUCCAUUUUUUACAAAUUCUCUGUGUUUUGUGGGUUUUCUGUAGGAGAUCCAGAGCUUGCUGACUAACUGGAAAGGCCCGGAUCUAAUUGGAUACGGAGAGCUGGUUCUUGAAGGAACAUUUCGUCUACAGCGAGCUAAAAACGAGAGAACUCUCUUCCUGUUUGACAAGCUGCUGCUCAUUACCAAGAAAAGAGAGGAAACCUACACGUACAAGGCUCACAUACUGGUCAGUGAUGACACUAGAAGCCUAAUAAAAAACAUAAAAAACCUACAGACACUACAGUCACAAAUUUCAGCUCAGCAGGUUAACAAAACCUUUCACCUUUUUUUUUUUUUGCAGUGCUGCAACCUGAUGCUGGUGGAGGUAAUUCCCAAGGAGCCGCUGAGUUUCAGCGUGUUUCACUACAAAAACCCCAAACUCCAGCACACAGUCCAGGUACAGCAUCAUUACAUAAGAGGAUCCUCAUCGUGACCAAAGUCUCCGUCAGUGUUCAAACAUGUUUUGCUUGAACUUUGCAGCAGCAUUAUUAAGAAAGACUUCAAACAAGUGUGAUGAUUAUACGCAGGUGUCUGAUUGUUUUCUCAAGGGUCCAGGCUCACCUAAGGGAAUUGUUGAGACUUGUCGAGGCUAAUGCUAGCAUUGUUACCUAACCACUGUGCUUUGUAUAAGUGCUAAAAUAUAAAAGAUAAUGGCUGUGAUGUAAGAAAACUAUGUUCUACAUUUCUGAAGGUUCAACCAGACCCUCUAAUCUUCUGUUUUUAAAGUGUAAGUCUGAUAUAGUCUCAUCCUUGAUGUUUUGUUCGAUAAUCUGUCCUCAGGCUAAAUCCCAGCAAGACAAGCGCAUGUGGAUCCUACACCUCAAGAGACUUAUACUUGAAAACCAUCCUGCUAAAAUCCCAGCCAAGGUAGGAUCCCAUCGCCACCUGACAUUUCACUCCUCUGCUCUCUGAUGGUGCAAACACACUUUGAGUAGGAUGUCUCUGAAAUAUCACUCCCUAUCACCCACUUUGUUCUUGCUCCAUGUUCAGUUUUCCUCUCCUGACUUUCUUCUUUCCGCUGUCUCUUCCAAUUACUCAUUUUCUAUGUAUCACUUUUCUGUUUCUUUACACAUCUUCAAACAUAAGAGUAAAAACUUGUUUGCAGGGGUAAAGAUCACAUGGGUGACCAUAUGUUCUCUUUUACCCGGACAUGUCCUCUUUUGGGGGGCUGUCUGGGCUGUCUGGCCUUGUCUGGCCUUGUCCAGGGAAGUUUAUGAAAUCCUUUGAAUGUCUGGGGUUUUGUAUGGUAGUUUUUGUUGCUGGGUUAGAAGCACAUAAAAAACAUUCAACCUGAGAAACUCUCAAAAUUUACUACAUGCGACUCCGUGGCUCCAUCCCCGCGUAGUCGUGUCCUCUUUUGGGGGAUUCAGAAUAUGGUUACCCUAAUGUGGAAAGUUCAAAUGAUAACAUGAAGAGGUUUUUACUUCUCACCAGAUCUGCACUCUACAGUCAAUCGUGUACACAGCAAAUCUGAUGGAAAAGGGGCGCCAUCUAGUGUCAAAACAUGUGCUCAACUGUGAUUCAAGUUAAAUCAAGUUAAAUUUACACUCUUUUUAUCACUUUUAUUCAAGGCAAAACAAGCAAUUUUGGAGAUGGAUGCAAUGCGUAAGUACCAAUUUACAUAACAUGUUAGUGACUGAAUAAAUACUAUCAAUUAUUUAUACAUAGUAUAUCUUCUGUAUGUGUAGGAAAUAAUUGGAUAUAUUCUGUUUAUCCUAACCCUCAUUAAACACUCAUGGUUUCUCUUUUCUGUCACAUCAACAGACCAUCCUGGGUUUCAUUUCAGUCCUGAUGGGGAUAAGAAGGAUUCCCCUCAAACAAAGGAGGGUCCUACCCCUCGAAGAGGUCGCAGGAAAGGUAACAAAUCAAAGAUAUCAAAUAUAACCUAUCUAAGGGGGUUAAAUUUUACAGCUUUGUCCCUAAUUAAUUCAUUUACCUUUCUAGAGCCUCUGUCUAAAUUGCUGAAAAAUGCCAAGCAAAAUGCUGCCAACACAGACGGUGAUAAAGUGAGUACUUACACACGGAUGAACAUUUUUUAAAUUUAUUUGAUAUAUAUAAAUAUGUUAUAAAUUUACUUAAUAUUUUGUUUUGUUUUUUUUAUCUACUUAUUUAUCAAUUUUAUUUUGUUUAUUUAUUAUUAUAUUUUUUCUAUUAUUUUUCUUCUUUUUUCUAUCAUAAAAAUAAUUAUAUUAUUUUAUUAUUGUAAUUAUUGCCAUAAGGGGGAAAAGUGGGACAAUUACACCAGCAAACACACACUUCUCAACACAAAUAAAAACACCCACCCACAUUUAUUAAAACACAGUCUUGCAAUAUGUUCAAAGGUAUUUGUUGUGUUUCUGUUUUACUUUGUCACUUUGAUUUGUCUACAUUGUCUGUUUGUUCUGCUUAUAUGUUGUCUGCUACAUCUUGAUCUGUCUUACAUCACUUCAUUAAAAAUAAAAAAUGCACAGAAGGAUCUUGUGUUUUGGUAGAGGAGCAUGAGUAACACGCUCUGACAGAACUUGUUUAGCUGAUCUUUUUAAACCUUCCUCCUCUCCAGCGAACAAGUCUCGGUGCCACCCUGCUCUCACCGGUGUCCCAGCUGGCUUUGGGAACUAUCGGUCGCAGCCGCAGCCUCAUUAACCAAUCACAGGAAUCCCUCGACCCCGGGGAUCACUAUGACCACAGUGACAGGGAGGAGGAGCCACAUCAACGAGAUGCGGAUGAUGAAGACGAUAGUGGCUUGGUGAGUUUAAAGGCACUAAAUAAGUACAAAAUUUAAACUUCAUCUCUUGUGCUGCAAACUCUCUGUUAAUGCCACAAACUGCACCGACAGGGAGGUGGAAAGCGGCUGCGAGUGCCAGGAAAAAGCAGUAGGAAGAGGCUUAACCCCCAGGCAUCUGUUGAUAGUAUAGAGCAAUGGAAAGCCUUCAACAUGAGCCCUUCAGACUUACAGGUAUUAAGUGCACUAUGAACUUUUCUGCAACUUUGAUUUGAGGCUAUCUCAAGUACAUCUGUGUAAAACGACAACUUCCAUUUUUUGCACAGAGAGCCAGAGAGUCCCUCGUAAGAGAAGGAAGUCACCAUCCUCCGCUUCUCAGAUCACCUAAUGUGACUGAGGAACCCCCAGACACCCCCAUCCCCUCUGUCAUAGUGACUGAAAGUGACAACUCUGUGAGGAACAUCUGGGCUGACCACCGCGCUCGUAGGGCCAUGUUCCCUACACGACAACGAACCAUGCAGCCCGACGACGAGGACGAGGACAUCUACCAGAUGUUUGUCCCCACAGAGCAAAGUGCACCAGAACCAGAGGCGGCUCCAGAGAGGUCAGAGGCCACGUCUUCACCCAAGACGGCCCGACCUUGCAGCUGGCACGUGGAACAGGUUCCAACUGUGCAGAUUGACCCUCCGCCCAGUGAGAGCAGAGUCCUGCGGAGGGCGAGCAGCGCAGGGGAGAAGGCUACUGAAGCUGGACAGAGCCCAGAUGAUGACCGGUCAGGGCACAGCAACUUAGAAGUGAUCCACACGGAAUCAUCAAGCAAUGACUUGUCAGGAUCUUCCUCAGCCGAGCAGCUGACAAUAGACGAUAUAGAAAACGUGUAUGACAACAUCAGCUAUGAGGACCUUAAGAGCAUGGGGCUUGUUAGAAGAGACCCUGAGGAAAGCCAGUCAGGGAAAGGAACUUCUACAGAUGCACAGGGUUCCCAGGGGAAGGCAGCAAGGGUACUACAUGAGCCAGAGUCCGUAGGGGUCAUGGAGCCUAUGAUUGAGCCUGAGAGUUCCUCAGAUAGCAACCGGUCUUCCACACAGGAGGCGAGGCCAUUUGAGCUUAAGAUAGUAGAGGAGAAUAUUUAUGACACCAUCUGUUUCAGGGAGCCUCCAUCAACCAAGGUCAAAGGACUGAGCGAGGGGAACAAGGUGAAACAAGAAGGGGACAGUCUACUGGCAUCUGAACAUGACCUGACUGGAAGCCUUGGAGCUUUCAUGUCUGAGGAGAGCCUCCACUUUGGAGAGGAUGAAGGACAUGACACCUCCCACCCUGUCACAUGUUCCUCUGAGCCGGAUUAUUCCUCCUCAUCUGCAUCUGAGACUUUCUCUCAGCGCCCGCAGAAAGGGGAUAAGAUGUCCGAGCAGGUCGACGAGAUCUGGAACGACCUGGAAAACUACAUCAAGAACAACGAGAAGAAGGCUGAUAAAUUGCCUGCUGCCUUCCCUGUGGGUGCCAAUGAGUCACCCAAGAAGGCUUCCUCAGUCAAAACCAGCCCUACAAAGACCCAGAGUCCUCAAGCAGCCAGUCCUCAAACAAAGAGUCCCCCAACACAAUCGUCCAAACCCCCUUCUGUCACCUCCACACCGUCCUUUACCAUCCCAGUCAUCAACCUCCCUGACCAACAAAGUGAAGCCACCACAGCAGAAGAACAACACAGCCCUCCUCCCGCCUCACGGCCCCUCCCUGUCACCCCUGAGCCCCUCCCAGGCACAGUGAAGAACAUCCGGAAAAGACUGGCACGCCUGAGCAGCGGCAGUUUCCGCCUUGAGGACGACGACCUGGUUGAGCUUCCUUCCAGAAAGGACAUUCACAGCUUAUUUCCAGGGGAGCUGGCAGGUCUGGACUCCCCCUUGGCCUCCUCAUCCCUGCUGUUGGGUGAGUCCGUGGACUUCCCAUUGGAACUGAUGGACAAAUCAAAGAGCAGAGUGUUCCUGAUGGCACGGCAGUACAGCCAGAAGAUCAAGAAAGCCAACCAGCUGCUGCGCAUGAGGAGUAUGGACCCUGGGGACUCAUCUACUCGGGCCAGAGCUGAGAAGAGGCAGAAAGACCUGGCAGCUAUUUUAGAAGAGAAGAAACAAGGAGGUGCAGCCAUAGGUAACACAAAACACAAGACUCUCACAACUGUAGUUGUGUAACAAGCAUGAAAUAUACAGCAUGAACAAAUGUGUUUUUUUCUCUGACGUUCUUCUCUCCUGUCUUCAGGUGCGAGGAUAGCAGAGUACUCCCAGCUCUACGACCAGGUCAUGUUUAAAGAGCCUCCUGGCACAUCUGGUCAGACCUCUGUAACCCCCCACCACAGCCACCCAGGGCUGCCGUCCUCUCCAUCCUUGCCUGAGACCUCUGCAGAAGAGGACUGGCUCCACUCCACCUACAGCAACGGGGAGCUGGUCAGCUUCGUCUCUUCAUCCAGUGAGGGCGAAGACACUCGAAUGUCUUCUACUCCCCAUCGCAGACUUACCUCCUCCUGCUCCAUCCCCUCCCUCAAGACAUUACCUCCCUCUCCAACCACCCCGCCAUCCCAGAGAUGGAGUUCAUGCAUAUCAGCACCAAGUGAAAAAGAGGAGCAUGUGUACAGCACCAUCAAGAGACAUCCCUCCUUUAAUGCUCCCUCUCUGCCCUCCUCCAAAUCUUCCCCGUCGUCUGGUCACUGUCAGUCAGUCAGCUCUCAGGGCAGCCAACAGCAAGAGAAGAUCAAAUCUGGACUCAAGUGUAAUGGACCCGCUGUGGACCGAUCCACGGACAGACUCCAUGGUCCAAGUCUUGGUCGUACUGGUCGGCAGAGCAGCCUCCCAGAGCGCUCCACCCAAGGACUUUCAGACCUCACUAUACACGAUGGUCAGCAGGUGGUAGUCCUGAACAGGGCCUCUGCACUGAGCAUUCUCAAUGCCACCCAGAACUACCUGGCUAACUUCAAGGACAACGAGGAAGACGACGAUGACUAUGUAGAGAUUCGCUCCGAUGACGAGAGCGAGAAGGAGCAGGGGAGACUGGCGAAGCAAAACUGCAACUCGACAGGCCUUUCCAAUCAAACCCGGAGUCUCGCCCAUUCCCAGAGUCUGCCAUGUACGCCAGUGCGCUCCUGCGAUCCACUGAGGUCUCUCGAUCGGGAACAGCUGGAGAAAUACCUGUGGAGCGAGCCACAGCAGAACCAACCCAAAAUAGUCCAGUCUUUGAGGGACAAGUUUCAGUGUCUGAGCUCUAGCAGCUUUGCCUGA